CACGGGUUAACCGGGCCCAAAACUCAAGAACGAGAGAAUCCCGCAAAAAGUCCCAAAUUCCCAAUUUCAUUUUCUCUCUCCUCCCCAAAUCCCUCUCACUCCACUCUACAGCCCCCUUUCCCAUUUCCCCCCCUUCGCCAAAAUAUUCCCCUCUAUUUGGCGCUUCUUCUUCCUCUCACUCCCCAAUUUUCCGACACUUUUCCAAACCCAAUGAAGCGAGUUUUCGACGAAAUCUCCGACGAUGAAUGGGAGAAUCACUCCUUCAAACCCUCAAAAGUCCUCAAUUCUUCUUCUUCAACCUCCAAAUCUCCUCCUCCUCCCAUUGAAUCCUUCUCCUUCUCCUCUCGAUCAGCUCCGAUCGACCUCACCGAAGACGGUGACGAAGACUACGCGCCGCCGCCGGAGGAAGACGAUGACGACGACGAUUUGGAGGAUCACGACAUCGACGACGAUGAUUUGGAGGAUCACGACGCCGACACACGAAUUCGCAGCCGUGGUUUCAGCCGUGGAAGGCGGUUUGUGGUUGAUGAUGAUGAGGAUGAAGAUGAGGUUGCUGAUGAUGAUGAUGAGUUGCAGGAAGUGGUGGAGGUGAAGUCCGAGGAUGAAGAAGAAGAAGAGGAAAUGGUGUCGUUGUCGGAUACUGAUAAUGACGAAGAGGAUGAUGAUGUUUUGGAGAAGGAGGAGGAGGAUGUGGUUGGGAGAGCGUUGCAGAAGUGUGCGAAGAUUUCUGCGGAAUUAAGGAAGGAUUUGUAUGGUUCUUCUAAGGUUGAAUGUGAGCGUUAUGCUGAAGUGGAUGCUUCUUCUGCCAAAAUUGUUAGUCAGGAUGUUAUUAAUGCAGCAUGUGGAGCAGAAAAUUCAGACUUUCAGCCACUUCUCAAACCAUAUCAGCUUGUUGGGGUCAACUUUCUUUUGUUGCUGAACCGAAAAAAGAUAGGUGGAGCUAUAUUGGCUGACGAGAUGGGUUUGGGAAAGACUGUUCAGGCUAUAACAUAUUUGAUGCUGCUGAACCACUUGCAAAAUGAUCCGGGCCCACAUUUAGUUGUAUGUCCAGCUUCUGUCUUGGAGAAUUGGGAAAGAGAACUUACCAAGUGGUGUCCAACGUUUUCUGUGUUACAAUUCCAUGGAGCUGGUAGAGCAGCUUAUGCUAAAGAGCUAAACUCAUUGGCCAAGGCUGGAUCGCCACCUCCAUUUAAUGUGCUCCUUGUCUGCUACUCCCUAUUUGAACGGCACAGCGCACAACAGAAAGAUGACCGUAAAAUUCUGAAGCGUUGGAAAUGGAGCUGUGUGUUGAUGGAUGAGGCUCAUGCGUUGAAAGAUAAAAACAGCUACAGAUGGAAGAAUUUGAUGUCAGUUGCAAAAAAUGCAAAACAGCGUUUGAUGCUCACUGGAACUCCACUACAAAACGAUUUACAUGAGCUGUGGUCGUUAUUGGAGUUCAUGCUGCCUGAUCUGUUUGCUACAGAAAAUGUGGAUUUGAAAAAGCUACUUAGUGCUGAUGAUUAUGAUCUGAUUGCUCGUAUGAAGUCUAUACUAGGUCCAUUUAUCUUGAGGCGCUUGAAAUCUGAUGUAAUGCAGCAACUUGUAGCUAAAGAACAACGUGUUGAGUUUGUAUCCAUGGAUAAAGAUCAUGAUGAUGCUUAUAAAGAAGCCAUUCAAGAGUAUCGUGCAGUGUCUCAUGCUCGCAUGCCCAAGGGCUCUGACAUUAAUUCAAAAAAUGUUGCCCAAGUUCUUCCUCGCCGUCAGAUUUCAAAUUACUUUGUGCAGUUUCGUAAGAUUGCAAAUCAUCCUUUGCUAGUGAGGCGUAUCUACAAUGAUGGUGAUAUUGUGCGGUUUGCCAAGAAGUUGUAUCCCAAGGGCGUGUUUGGUCAUGAAUGUACACUGGACAGAGUAAUAGACGAAAUGAAGAGUUACAGUGACUUCUCUAUUCAUCGGCUUCUAGUUAGCUAUGGUGUUGAGGAUGUGAAGGGAAUCCUUCCAGAGGAUCAGGUUAUAAAGUCUGCAAAAUGCCAGGCAUUGGCUAGACUUCUUCCCUCCCUAAAACAAGAUGGUCAUCGUGUUCUCAUAUUUAGCCAGUGGACGUCAAUGCUUGAUAUCUUGGAGUGGGCGUUGGAUGUGAUUGGGGUUUCAUUUAGACGCCUUGAUGGAAGUACGCAGGUGACAGAGAGACAAACCAUAGUAGAUACUUUCAAUAAUGAUGCUUCAAUAUUUGCAUGCUUGCUCUCCACCAGAGCUGGAGGUCAGGGUUUGAACCUCACUGGAGCAGAUACUGUCAUCAUACAUGAUAUGGAUUUCAACCCUCAAAUUGACCGACAAGCAGAGGAUCGAUGCCAUCGUAUUGGCCAAACAAAGCCUGUUACUAUAUACAGAUUGGUGACAAAAGGUACCGUAGAUGAGGAUGUAUAUGAGAUUGCAAAACGGAAGUUAGUUUUGGAUGCUGCUGUUUUGGAAUCUGGGACGAUGGUGGUUGACAACGGUAUGCCUGAGAAGACUAUGGGUGAGAUAUUGUCAUCGUUGUUGCUAGGUUAACGUAUAUUUUAGCUCCUUUUUUAUUUUGUAAACUUUGGCUCUGGGUAUAUGUAUGGGUAUGGCGUUGGGUAGAAUCCGCAGUUAUUCUUAUUCAUGUACUAUUGUAUAAAUCAACUAAUUUGUGAAGUUCAUUCACUAUGCUUAUAAAAGCAUAUGUUAUCCUUGUGAGAAGGGUAUCCUAAUUUUGUAUCUUUAAGUGAAAAAGGUGUACGUUACCCUUACUAUAGGUAGAAUUUUCUUCAUCUUUGAAAUUGGGCCUAGAACCUUAAAA